AUUAUUUAUUUUUAUUUGAUUCUAUUUUUUCAAAAUGUAUAAAAACAGCUAAUAUUUAUGUUUUUGACAUUAUAAACAAAUUACUAAGCAAACUAUAAAGUUAUUACUAAAGAAAUCUUCAAGUUUCUAUUAAAUCAACUAAAAUGGCAAAAUUCUUUAUGAUUGUUUUCUGCGCCUUGUUCGCUCUGGCUGUGGCCCAGCGUGGUGGAGGAUAUGGCGGACAACAGGGCCAUGGACAACAAGGUGGCUUCGGUGCCCAGCAAGGUGCCGGAUUCGGUGGACAACAGGGACAUGGUAAACAUGGCCACCAAGGUGGUUUAGGAGGACAGCAGGGUCAACAUGGUGGUUUUGGAGGUCAGCAAGGCCAACAUGGCCAACAUGGUCAACAUGGUAGUUUCGGAGGACAACAAGGCCAAGGUCAGCAUGGUGGCUUUGGAGGACAAGGUCAACAUGGCCAGCACGGUGGUCGCGGUCAGCAAGGCGGUUACGGCAGUCGUGGCUAUUAAUUUAAGACACUUAUGUAUGAAAACAGACUGAAUCCCUAGCCUCCAAAUAAAUUUAUUCUUAACUUAUA